UUGUCCACCACUCGCUCCACCCAACUCAUCAUAAGCUACCGAGUUAACACACUUGUUCAGUGCCACUGAAACAGAGAGCACACAGACUGCGAGAGAUGCUGGAGAGGGCGAUCUCUGCACGCAGGGCGGCGCAGUUUAGCGAGGAAGGAGACGUGGACGACGAGUCCAAGACCCGAAAGCCCGUUUUGCUCGCUACGAGGGUCGCCAAAUACUUGACCCGAACCGGGCACCUCUGGCCCUUUCUCUUCCUCUGUGUCGUCUUCGUCUUGAUCUUUUCUCUCUUCGUUCACUCUCGAGAUCUGGUCUGUGUCUCGUCGUCCUCCAACCCCAUUUCUCGCUUUCGAUUCUUCGGCUUCGAUGACCUCGAAUCUGAUUUCGGAUCCCUCGGCGUGCCCUGGUGCAGGUCGAAACAGGGAAAAACGGUUGAUUGGACAUCCAAGGAUCUACUCAAGGGCCUGGAAGAGUUCAUACCGAUCUAUGAAACACGACCCAUCAAGAACAACAUGUUCGGUAUGGGUUUCGAUCACAGCUUUGGGCUUUGGUUCAUUGCCCGAUGGCUGAAGCCGGACCUGAUGAUUGAGAGUGGUGCUUUCAAGGGACAUUCUACAUGGGUUUUGCGGCAAGCAAUGCCAGAUAAACCAAUUGUGUCACUUUCACCCCGCCAUCCUGAGAAAUACCUCAAAAAGGGACCUGCUUAUGUUGAUGCAAAUUGCACAUACUUUGCUGGCAAGGACUUCGUGGAUUUUGGGAGCGUUGACUGGGGGAGUGUAAUGAAGAAACAUGCAAUUACAGAUCUUAGUCGGGUUCUUAUCUUUUUUGAUGACCAUCAGAAUGAACUAAAAAGACUAAAGCAGGCCCUAAAAGCUGGCUUCAGACAUCUUGUCUUUGAGGACAACUAUGAUACUGGAACUGGAGACCAUUAUUCCUUAAGGCAGAUAUGUGAUCAAUUUUAUAUAAGAGGCGGUGGUCAUAGCUGCUUUAAAGAAAGCGACGAAGCUAGGACUAGAUCAAGAAGGAAGAAAUUCUGGGAGAAGGCAGUUGAUAUAGAAGAGUUAUGUGGGCCGGGAGAAGCAUGGUGGGGUGUAAGAGGUCAGAUGCGGGAUGACUUUAGCCAUAGUAAUAAAUCAAUUACCUACGCUGAACAUUUUCAGAACAGCAGAUUUGUAGAAUCAGUGCUUGAUGUUUAUUGGGAGCUUCCCCCAGUGGCUGGUCCUUCACUUACUCAUCAAACGAGAUAUGAUCCCGCUCGUACGCCCAGUCCUAUUGUUGAGGACGGCAGGUUUGCUUUGUUCCAGAGGCUCGGCCUGACUAGAUUCGAGGCUUCUGUAUUCAAUGGAUAUACUCAAAUGGUAUAUCUUCAGAUAUCUGAACAUGAAUCCUAAAGCUGUUAGAAGUAGAUGUGAAAUGAGCUGCUUCACUAGCUGCAUGAAUUUAGUGUUAAUGUGUUGUUCAUUUCAUUUGGGUUUCCUUUCUUUCUUUCUUUCUUUCUUUCUUUCUUUCUUUCUUGGAGUUUGAACUUUACAAAGUCAUUUCUUACCACACCUUUUCUAAGAAAUUAGUAGUUUUGGUUGUUAUUAUAUUUACUGCUUACUCUUCCUUUUUGGCUA